GCACAGCUUGCGUGGCGGCGGCAAUGCGCGCUUCGAGGCCAGCUGUGGCCUCAGCGCGCGCUCCCGCGAGCGCUGUUACACGUGGCAGUUCUGUGAGCGCUCCCGGGGAGGGAGAGCCUGAAGGCAGCCGGCUUGUUGCGCGGCUCUCUGACAAGCGUCUGCGGGACCGGCUUAGAGCAGGGCGAGGUAGCGAACUGAAAGCUGGGGACGGCCAGGAAAAAAUACUGCUGAAAUGAAUCACCAAGGAUAUGUUGCAGCACCUCCAUAUUCCCAGGCCCAGCCAGGAAUGGGUGGAUUUUCUUCUGGCUUCGGACAAACAGUUUCUUCAUCUCUGCAUGGACAUUAUAAUGAUCCAAAUACAGUACCUUUUGCAUCUCAGUCAGGUAUAUUGAAAACAAAUGUGCCUUUUGGAGUUCCUCCUGUCAUGGGAUCUCCACCUCAGAACCUCCACUCACCUAAGCAGAGUAAUUUCCAGAAUGGACCCAGCACUGCAGCAGCUCCACAGGCAAACAGAUUUCCAGGUCCUCCAGCUUCUUAUCCUUCCAACCAUCAUUCUUUACAUUCUGGUCUUAACAGCCCCCCUCUGCCUGCAGUACAGCUGACAAAUCAGCUUGGCAACAUGCAGAUAAGUAAUUAUGGUCCCAGUAAUGCUCAGAAUUCACCUUCUUCUGGGCCUUCAGGCCUACCAUCACAUUUGCAAGGUCCACCACUUCAGCCACAUCAAAUGGCUUUGCCAACAAGUCCUCCUGUUUCUCUACCAAAUAACUUGAAUAGUCACUGCACUCCAUCUUUACCUCCUUCAAUGGCCAGGCAGGAGGGAAUCCCUGGCCCAAAUCCAUUGAACACCAACUUGCCACAGCAAUUUGCAGGUGAACCUUCAGGUCCUGGGUUUCCUUCUCAGUAUGGAAAUUAUGGUCCUCCAAUGGCAGGGGCACAACUGUCUUAUCCAGGUGGCCUCCCCUCAGGUCCAGCACCAUUAGCUGGACCACAGCAAAGAAAACUUGAUCCAGAUUCCAUUCCAAGCCCAAUUCAAGUAAUUGAAAAUGAUAAAGUUUCCAGAGGAGGUCAGACCUAUGCUACUAAUAUCAGAGGUCAAGUCCCUCCUCUUGUUACAACUGAUUGUUUGAUCCAAGAUCAAGGUAAUUCCAGUCCUCGUUAUAUUCGAUGUACCUCUUAUUGCUUUCCUUCAACCUCAGACCUCGCAAAACAGGCUCAGAUUCCACUGGCUGCUAUCAUCAAGCCUUUUGCCAAUAUUCCAGCAAAUGAGACACCACUUUAUUUGGUAAACCUUGGGGAAAAUGGACCAAUUCGAUGCAAUCGAUGUAAAGCUUACAUGUGUCCUUUCAUGCAGUUCAUUGAGGGAGGAAGAAAAUAUCAGUGUGGAUUUUGUAACUGUGUGAAUGAUGUUCCUCCAUUUUAUUUUCAACAUCUGGAUCACAUUGGUAGAAGAAUAGACCAUUAUGAAAGACCAGAGCUAUCACUUGGAUCAUAUGAGUAUGUUGCUACUUUAGAUUAUUGCAAGAACAACAAGCCUCCUCAGCCACCAGCCUAUAUUUUUAUGAUUGAUGUGUCAUACAAUAACAUAAAAAGUGGUCUUGUUAAGCUCAUUUGUGAAGAACUAAAAACUGUACUGAACAGACUUCCAAAAGAGGAACAAGACGUUUCAACAAUUCGGGUUGGAUUUGUCACUUACAAUAAAAUCCUUCACUUCUUCAAUGUAAAAAGUUCUCUUGCACAACCUCAAAUGAUGGUAGUCACUGACGUCAGUGAAGUGUUUGUACCUUUGUUGGAUGGCUUCCUUGUCAACUUCCAAGAAUCACAAUCUGUUAUAAACAAUUUGCUGGACCAGAUUCCUGAGAUGUUUGGAGAUACAAAUGAGAGUGAGACAGUCUUUGCUCCUGUGAUUCAAGCAGGCAUGGAAGCACUCAAGGCAGCGGAGUGCGCUGGAAAACUGUUUAUCUUCCACUCUUCAUUGCCAACUGCAGAGGCACCAGGGAAGCUGAAGAACAGAGAUGAUAGGAAAUUGGUCAAUACAGAAAAAGAGAAGACACUGUUUCAGGCCCAGACAAAUAUUUAUGAGGCCUUAGCCAAGGACUGUGUUGCCAACGGUUGCUGUGUAAAUCUAUUUCUUUUCCCAAACCAGUAUGUAGAUAUCGCUUCCAUGGGCCUUGUCACUUUUCAUACUGGAGGAACAUUAUACAAGUACAACAAUUUUCAGAUACAUUCUGACAGCCAUCAGUUUCUUAAUGACCUGAGGAAGGAUAUAGAAAAAAAAGUGGGUUUUGAUGCAAUUAUGAGAGUUCGAACUAGCACAGGUUUUAGAGCAACAGACUUCCUGGGAUCUAUUUACAUGAACAAUACCACAGAUGUUGAACUGGCAGCAAUAGAUUGUGACAAAGCUGUGACUGUGGAGUUCAAGCAUGAUGAUAAAUUGAGUGAAGAUGGUGGGGCUUUAAUCCAGUGUGCAGUCCUUUACACAUCCAUGAAUGGUCAAAGAAGACUGCGCAUACAUAACAUUGGACUCAGUUGUAGUUCCCAGUUAGCUGAUAUCUACAAGAGCUGUGAGACUGAUGCACUAGUAAAUUUCUUUGCAAAAUCAGCUUAUAAAGCCAUUCUCAGCCAGCCCUUGAAGACUGUUCGUGAGAUCCUGGUGAAUCAAACAGCUCGCAUGUUGGCAUGUUACAGAAAGAACUGUGCUAGUCCAUCUGCAGUGAGCCAGCUUAUUCUCCCUGAUUCAAUGAAGGUAUUUCCUGUCUACAUGAAUAGCCUUCUGAAAAGCUGUGUGCUGUUGGGCAAGUCAGAGAUUCCCACGGAUGAAAGAACUUUUCAUAGACAGCUGGUCAUGUCAAUGGAUGUUGCUAGCACCCAACUUUUAUUCUACCCACAGCUUUUGCCAAUUCAUUCUAUGGAUGUAAAUAAAGAUACAAUUCCUCCUGCUGUUCGCUGCUCAGAAGAACGUCUCUCCGAAGGAGGAGUAUUCCUAUUGGCAAAUUCUCUACAAAUGUUUCUAUGGCUUGGAGUCAGUGCCCCACCAGAGCUUAUCCAAGGGAUAUUUAAUGUGCCUUCCUUUGCACAUGUCAGCACUGAGGUUUCACGUCUUCCAGAACUGGAUAAUCCCUACUCUUCAAAACUGAGGUCUAUAAUAGAUCAGCUCCAAAGUAGAACACCUUAUUCCAUGAAGAUUCUGAUUGUGAAGCAACGAGAACAAACAGAGAUGGUUUUCAAGCAGUUUUUGAUUGAAGACAAGAACAUCUACGGAGGAGUUUCUUAUGUGGACUUCUUAUGUUGUGUUCAUAAAGAAAUAUGUCAACUUCUCAACUAAUGGAUUUUAAUUUUGUUCUCUGUGCAUUUGUUCAGAACCUAUUCAAGAAUGGCCAACCACCAUCACAAGGUGCUUUGUAUCGCUACCUUAUUGUACAGUUUCUAAUUUUGUAGAUUAGUGCUUUGUUUCAUAAUAAUGUAGCCAUCUAUAAUUAUGUAAACUAGGCAAAUAUUUGCUCAGGUAUAACUCCUAUGGGAGAGCCUUUAUCCUUCUUUAAAAGGAAGUUUUCUAAUGGCAAGGUUUGAAAUCCUGGAAUCUGUGUAAAACAUGCAAUUCUCACUUCACACAUUUAAUAAAUUACAAAGCAUUAAGCCCCGUUAUAUAUAAUUUGUAUUACUCAUAUAAUUUCCAAUCCUUUUUAUUGUACAUUUUGACUUAAUAACUUUUUUCUUCUAGCUUACGUUUAAUUUAAUGUUAUUGUGCCUUUUAUUAUUUUGCAUACUGUGAUACUGUCACACAGCUAGAAGACUAUUCAGCCCCAGCAAAACAUCCAAAGACUGGGGCCACUGGAGAUUGUGCCUCUCUAGAUAUAAUUGGCCCAUCUGUGCCUCCCAAUCAUAUGUUCAUUUUGUAAAUACUUUAAAAACUAAUUAUUUCUUGGGUUUAAUAAGGAGAAGGUGUAAUGAACUCAAUUGGGCGGGGGGGGGGGUAAUUCUUUUACAUGCAAUUUGUAGUUAGGACGAAACUAUUUUGUGUUGACCAUGUCCAGAAGCAAUCUCAACAUAUUCACAUGGCUUCUCCACCAAAGGUUUGUUUAACAUACUCCAAACUCUUGUUAUUGUACAUGAAAACAACUGAAUUGUAACACUUUCUCUAUGAGACAGUAUUAAGGAAUUUGCGAUAGUUUUGUUUAGGUCAUAGUAAAAUUUAAUGCCUUGCAAAAAGCAAAGUAGAAAUUGCUAUUACUGCAGUUUACCUAAAGAAUAAUUAUUGGAGUAAAUUAACAUUUAAACAUUUAAACCUGUUCAACAUACUAACUUCCCAGAUCUGGAAAAUGUAUUAUUACUUGAAGGAUACUAUUGUUAAUUUUAUUCCUAAAAUAAAAAUUCUUUAUUUGACUAAAACC